CAGGUCUCCUUAUUCUACACUCACUCAAGCGCAUUCGCAUUCUUACUGAUUUCUCUCCAUUACUUAUAGUAAAGUUAUCUUUUUUUUUAUUUGUCUCAUCAAUCAUAAUGGCCAGUAGCCUGAAGCUUGUUUGUGUCUUGGUUUUGUGCAUGGUGAUGACUGCACCAAUGGCUCUUGCCGUCGACUGUAAUCAGGUGACCAGUGAACUGGCACCAUGCUACGGUUACCUGAUGACUAAUGGUGAGGGUCCUGCCCCGGCAGACUGUUGCAGUGGACUUCAAGCUGUAAACAACGCCGCCCAGACCACAGCCGACCGCCAACAGAUCUGCCAAUGCUUUAAAAAUGCCGCCCAAUCGGCUUCCGGUAUCAACACUAAUACCGCUGCUCAGCUCCCUAGCAAGUGUGGCAUCACUAUUCCUUACCAGAUGAGCGCUUCUACUAACUGCUCCAGCAUCCAGUGAAGUGCAUCAUCUACUGGCGAUUUGCUGGUGUAGAGUAAAAUAUGCUAGUAUGAGAAGAAUAAUAAAUUUUAUUACUAUCCGAAUAUAUAUAUAUAUCUCCCCUGUGUGAGAUCUGUCUGAUGUCGCAGUUUUAGUGUGUAUCUUUUGAUUUUGUGUCGUUACGACAUCUAUUUAAAUAAGUUAUGUUCUGUGUUUUA